GCUUACAGUUGUCGCUACAGCGAUGAUGUGAUCCUCGUAUACGACGGCAAGGAUUCUCAAAGUCCACUAAUCGCUCAAUUAUGUAAUCGCGAAACGUUUGUACAAAUUAUAUCGAGUGGACCCGAUCUCUAUAUCCAGUUCAAGACCGGAUCCGCUCAACCCAUUUAUAACGGCUUCAAAGCCUCUUAUCUUUUUGAGUCAAAUCAAACGAAUUUGCAUUUAAUGUCAUCUCAAAGCACAACAACUAUAAGUCCCAUCAAAAUAGAAAACAUUCAAAUCCCACAAAUGGAACCCGUCGAAGAUCUCCUCCAUAAGGAUGAGACCACAGAAUCUUCCAGAAAGUUUCUUCGGGGCUUUGGGUUAUCGAUAGCGGGAGAACCCAUUCGCGGCGGCUUUUCUCGUGUAUACAAAGCCAAUUCGCGUGACUCGAGACCAUUCGCUGUCAAAGUAGUCAAUGUGAGACAAAAUGACAAACAGUUUGUCGACCAGGAGAUGAAGAUCUCGAAGGAAGUCAAUCACCCAAAUAUUAUGAGAACUUACAGAACCUAUAGAUUGUACAACAGGUUUGCGGUGAUGAUCAGUGACUUCGCCGAUGGGGGAGAUCUGGUCGGCCUAUUGGACAGUAAUCUUUAUCUCUCGGAGCGACACAUUCGGGCGCUGUUCUCGCAGAUUGUCUCUGCGGUGGUGUAUUUGCAUGACAUAGGAGUGGCGCACAGGGAUAUCAAGCCCGACAAUGUGCUCAUCGACAGAGGGGUCGCAAAACUGUGCGAUUUUGGCUACGCGUACAGACCGUUCGAUCGUUUCGGUCGACCCGUGUUGUGUCGGAAGGCGUGCGGCACUCUUGACUAUCAAUCGCCCGAACAGUUUGUGUGUCUAUUGAAAGGUACGGCUUUUGACCCGUUUGUGUCCGACUGUUAUAGUUUAGGCGCUCUGCUCUUUAUGAUGACUCUCCGCCAGUUUCCCUUUGAUUGUCAACACCUGAACAUUGACUCCAAUAAACAGAUUAGAAUGCAUUUGAAGAAACAAAUGCAAUUCAGCGCUCGACUCAACCGUAUUCUUCGAGACAAUAGAGAUGUGUUGAGUAUUUUGAAGCAACUCAUGACACCUGAUGUGGACAUUAGAAUCAGAUCCUCUCAAAUCCUAUGCCAUCCCUGGUUUAUGAAACAGAUUUAG